CACCGUCGUCCCCGUCCCCCCGCCCCCGGCGGGACCGAGCGGCCUGGCCAUGUCCUACAACUACGUGGUGACGGCGCAGAAGCCCACCGCCGUCAACAGCUGCGUCACCGGGCAUUUCACUUCUGCCGAAGACCUGAACUUGCUGAUUGCCAAAAACACCCGACUGGAGAUCUACGUGGUGACGCCGGAGGGGCUGCGGCCCGUCAAGGAGGUGGGCAUGUACGGCAAGAUCGCCGUCAUGGAACUCUUCCGUCCCAAGGGGGAGAACAAAGACCUCCUGUUCAUCUUGACGGCAAAAUACAACGCCUGCAUCCUGGAGUACAAGCAGAGCGGCGAGAGCAUCGACAUCAUCACCCGAGCCCACGGAAACGUCCAGGACCGGAUCGGCCGUCCCUCCGAGACGGGCAUCAUCGGCAUCAUCGACCCCGAGUGCCGAAUGAUCGGGCUGCGCCUCUACGACGGCCUCUUCAAGGUCAUCCCCCUCGACAGAGACAACAAAGAGCUCAAAGCCUUCAACAUCCGUCUGGAAGAGCUGCAGGUCAUCGAUGUGAAGUUCCUGCAUGGCUGCCAGGCUCCCACCAUCUGCUUCGUCUAUCAGGACCCUCAAGGACGCCACGUGAAGACCUACGAGGUUUCCUUGAGAGAGAAGGAAUUCAACAAGGGCCCCUGGAAGCAGGAGAACGUGGAGGCCGAAGCGUCCAUGGUGAUCGCAGUCCCAGAGCCCUUUGGAGGUGCCAUCAUCAUCGGGCAGGAAUCCAUCACCUACCACAACGGGGAUAAGUACCUGGCUAUCGCCCCUCCCAUUAUCAAGCAAAGCACCAUUGUGUGCCACAACCGUGUGGAUCCCAACGGCUCCCGCUAUCUGCUCGGAGACAUGGAAGGUCGCCUUUUCAUGCUGCUUCUGGAGAAGGAGGAGCAGAUGGAUGGCACCGUCACCCUCAAAGAUUUGCGAGUGGAACUCCUCGGAGAGACCUCCAUCGCUGAGUGCUUGACGUACCUCGACAACGGCGUAGUGUUUGUCGGCUCUCGCCUCGGGGACUCCCAGCUUGUGAAGCUUAACGUGGACAGCAACGAGCAAGGGUCCUAUGUGGUGGCCAUGGAAACCUUUACCAACCUGGGACCCAUCGUGGACAUGUGCGUGGUGGACCUGGAGAGGCAGGGACAGGGGCAGCUGGUCACCUGCUCUGGUGCCUUCAAAGAGGGCUCCCUGCGGAUCAUCCGCAACGGAAUCGGAAUCCACGAACACGCCAGCAUUGACUUGCCGGGCAUCAAAGGUCUGUGGCCCCUGAGGUCCAACUCCAGCCGGGAAACCGAUGACACCUUGGUUCUGUCAUUUGUGGGCCAGACUAGAGUUCUGAUGCUGAACGGGGAGGAGGUGGAGGAAACAGAGUUGACGGGAUUUGUGGAUAAUCAGCAAACCUUCUUCUGUGGAAAUGUGGCCCAUCAGCAGCUGAUCCAGAUCACGUCAGCCUCGGUUCGACUGGUCACUCAAGAGCCCAAAGCCCUGGUGAGCGAAUGGAAGGAGCCUCAGGGAAAGAACAUCAGCGUGGCCUCGUGCAACAGCAGUCAGGUGGUGGUGGCUGUGGGGCGGGCCCUCUACUACCUGCAGAUCCAUCCCCGGGAACUGCGGCAGAUAAGCCACACGGAGAUGGAGCACGAAGUGGCCUGCCUGGACAUCACGCCGCUGGGGGACAGCCACGGGAUGUCGCCGCUCUGUGCCAUCGGCCUCUGGACGGACAUCUCGGCCCGCAUCCUGAAGCUCCCCUCCUUCGAGCUGCUGCACAAGGAAAUGCUCGGGGGAGAGAUCAUCCCUCGCUCCAUCCUGAUGACAACUUUUGAGAGCAGCCAUUACCUCCUGUGCGCCCUGGGAGACGGAGCCCUUUUCUACUUCGGGCUCAGCAUCGAGACGGGCCUGCUGAGCGACCGUAAGAAGGUGACCCUGGGCACCCAGCCCACGGUGUUGAGGACUUUCCGCUCCCUCUCCACCACCAACGUCUUCGCCUGCUCUGACCGCCCCACCGUCAUCUACAGCAGCAACCAUAAGUUGGUCUUCUCCAACGUCAACCUCAAGGAAGUCAAUUACAUGUGUCCUCUCAACUCAGAUGGCUACCCUGACAGCUUGGCGCUGGCCAACAACAGCACCCUCACCAUCGGCACCAUCGACGAGAUCCAGAAGCUGCAUAUCCGCACCGUCCCGCUUUACGAGUCUCCCAGGAAGAUCUGUUACCAGGAGGGGUCACAGUGUUUUGGGGUACUCUCCAGCCGCAUCGAGGUGCAGGAUGCCAGUGGAGGGACCACUGCCCUCAGGCCCAGCGCUAGCACGCAGGCUUUAUCUAGCAGCGUCAGCUCCAGCAAGUUAUUCUCCAGCAGCACGGCCCCACACGAGACCUCCUUUGGAGAGGAGGUUGAGGUGCACAACCUUCUCAUCAUCGAUCAGCACACCUUUGAAGUACUCCAUGCCCACCAAUUCCUGCAGAAUGAGUAUGCUCUCAGCCUGGUCUCCUGCAAGCUGGGCAAAGAUGCCAACACCUACUUCAUCGUGGGCACUGCCAUGGUGUACCCCGAGGAAGCCGAACCCAAGCAGGGCCGCAUUGUCGUCUUCCAGUACUCAGAUGGGAAGCUGCAGACUGUGGCUGAGAAGGAAGUGAAAGGGGCAGUGUACUCCAUGGUGGAAUUCAACGGGAAGUUAUUAGCCAGCAUCAACAGCACGGUGCGACUGUACGAAUGGACGGCAGAGAAAGAGCUGCGGACGGAGUGCAAUCACUAUAACAACAUCAUGGCCCUCUACCUGAAGACCAAGGGGGACUUCAUCCUGGUCGGCGACCUGAUGCGCUCAGUGUUGCUGCUUGCUUACAAGCCCAUGGAAGGCAACUUUGAGGAGAUUGCCCGGGAUUUCAACCCCAACUGGAUGAGCGCUGUGGAGAUCUUGGACGACGACAAUUUCUUGGGGGCCGAGAAUGCCUUUAACUUGUUCGUGUGUCAGAAGGAUAGCGCGGCCACCACAGACGAAGAGCGGCAACACCUGCAAGAGGUGGGACUGUUCCACUUGGGCGAGUUUGUCAACGUCUUCUGCCACGGCUCCCUGGUCAUGCAGAACCUGGGCGAGACCUCCACGCCCACCCAAGGCUCGGUGCUCUUCGGCACAGUCAAUGGCAUGAUCGGACUGGUGACGUCUCUGUCCGAAAGCUGGUACAACCUGCUGUUGGAUAUGCAGAACCGACUCAACAAAGUCAUCAAGAGCGUCGGCAAGAUCGAGCACUCCUUCUGGAGGUCUUUCCACACCGAACGCAAAACGGAACCUGCCACGGGCUUCAUCGACGGAGAUCUCAUCGAAAGCUUCCUGGAUAUCAGCCGACCCAAGAUGCAGGAGGUGGUGGCCAACUUACAGAUCGACGACGGCAGCGGCAUGAAACGGGAGGCCACCGUGGACGACCUGAUCAAGAUCGUGGAGGAGCUCACCCGGAUCCAUUAGUCGGGGGAGGUGGCCGAGAUCCCCGUUCCUAGCACCUUCCUCUGGGUUUCGUACCCGGAGUCUUCCCUGUCCCCCUGUAGCCGAAGGGGGCCCGAUGCCCAGCCAACUGCCCCGUAUCCCCCCAAAAGCCACAGCCGUCCACCCUGUGUGGAAGCGGGGAGGGUCUUGAAACUCAAGCCCGCUCACUAAGGUCGUUGAAGGGACCCGGAGGGCCGACAUUUCCGGCCGCCACCCCGGGAACACCAGGCCCGACGAGUCUCGGCCGUUGGGGCCUCCUCUCCCUUCCCCUUUCCCCUCCCAAGAAAGGAAUUGGUAGCUCGUCCCGAGCCCCCCACCCACUCGGAUACCCCGCACUGAGGUUUGCUGGGGGAGGUGGGCGGGUUCCCUGUCGGAUGAGGGAAGGGGCCCCGCUCUACCUUCCCACCGCUGUCUCGGAGAGCUUCGGAAGCUCAUCCUCGGCCCUCUGGGCAGCCGGGGCGACCUGAGCCAAGAGGCUGGGGAAUCCCGGAUCGGGUCCGGCCACAGACCCGCCCUCUGGGGGAUUGCCAGCCUCAGGGAGGGAGCGUGGGGCAAAGGGAAUUCAUUCUGUUGUUGCUUUCUGAGUUUUACCAAAUAAAAUAGAGUCCAAGAGGAAGAUA